AUGGGGUCGGAGGUUGUGGGCACGGAAGUGUUCCUAUUUCCACUUAGCUUUGAGGUGAGAAAAAUACCUCUCACUGCUGUAAAAUGACCAAUGAGUGACACGCAGUACACAACCUGAUACAUGCUAACACACACACUCCUUCAUCAAUGCACCACACACACAAACACACGGAUCAGGUGGACACUCUUUUUGGUGGACUUCUAGGGUCACACUCACUGCUGUAAAAAGUCUGGGAAUUGUUGGACUUCCCUGAGGAAGAAUAGUCCAACAUUUCCCAUGUAGCCUGUCCCUAUCCGUGUUGACUCCUGUUUACCAUGUCACCAUUGCAGCACAACCUCGGAGGACCUAAAAGGACCUAUGUUAGCUUAGGAGUUUUUCCCAACCAUGUGAACUGACCAGGGAUAUCCCUUCCGAGUUGCCUUAUCAAGUCAUUCAAUACUUUGAAGUACUAGCCUAGCUAUUGUAAAAUGGUAUGUAAAUAAAUGAAGCUGCUGCGGUUCAAAGGCUUGGCAGGAAACCUACUGUAAACCCCAGAGAACCUCAGAAAGCAGCAAUUACACUGCUCAAAAAAAUAAAGGGAACACUAAAAUAACACAUCCUAGAUCUGAAUGAAUGAACUAAUCUUAUUAAAUACUUUUUUCUUUACAUAGUUAAAUGUGCUGACAACAAAAUCACACAAAAAUUAUCAAUGGAAAUCAAAUGUGUCAACCCAUGGAGGUCUGGAUUUGGAGUCACACUCAAAAUUAAAGUGGAAAACCACACUACAGGCUGAUCCAACUUUGAUGUAAUGUCCUUAAAACAAGUCAAAAUGAGGCUCAGUAGUGUGUGUGGCCUCCACGUGCCUGUAUGACCUCCCUACAAUGCCUGGGCAUGCUCCUGAUGAGGUGGCGGAUGGUCUCCUGAGGGAUCUCCUCCCAGACCUGGACUAAAGCAUCCGCCAACUCCUGCACAGUCUGUGGUGCAACGUGGCGUUGGUGGAUGGAGCGAGACAUGAUGUCCCAGAUGUGCUCAAUUGGAUUCAGGUCUGGGGAAUGGGCAGGCCAGUCCAUAGCAUCAAUGCCUUCCUCUUGCAGGAACUGCUGACACACUCCAGCCACAUGAGGUCUAGCAUUGUCUUGCAUUAGGAGGAACCCAGGGCCAACCGCACCAGCAUAUGGUCUCACAAGGGGUCUGAGGAUCUCAUCUCGGUACCUAAUGGCAGUCAGGCUACCUCUGGCGAGCACAUAGAGGGCUGUGCGGCCCCCCAAAGAAAUGCCACCCCACACCAUGACUGACCCACCGCCAAACCGGUCAUGCUGGAGGAUGUUGCAGGCAGCAGAACGUUCUCCACGGCAUCUCCAGACUCUGUCACGUCUGUCACAUGUGCUCAGUGUGAACCUGCUUUCAUCUGUGAAGAGCACAGGGCGCCAGUGGCGAAUUUGCCAAUCUUGGUGUUCUCUGGCAAAUGCCAAACGUCCUGCACGGUGUUCGGCUGUAAGCACAACCCCCACCUGUGGACAUUGGGCCCUCAUACCACCCUCAUGGAGUCUGUUUCUGACCGUUUGAGCAGACACAUGCACAUUUGUGGCCUGCUGGAGGUCAUUUUGCAGGGCUCUGGCAGUGCUCCUCCUGCUCCUCCUUGCACAAAGGCGGAGGUAGCGGUCCUGCUGCUGGGUUGUUACCCUCCUACGGCCUCCUCCACGUCUCCUGAUGUACUGGCCUGUCUCCUGGUAGCGCCUCCAUGCUCUGGACACUACGCUGACAGACACAGCAAACCUUCUUGCCACAGCUCGCAUUGAUGUGCCAUCCUGGAUGAGCUGCACUACCUGAGCCACUUGUGUGGGUUGUAGACUCCGUCUCAUGCUACCACUAGAGUGAAAGCACCGCCAGCAUUCAAAAGUGACCAAAACAUCAGCCAGGAAGCAUAGGAACUGAAAAGUGGUCUGUGGUCACCACCUGCAGAACCACUCCUUUAUUGGGGGUGUCUUGCUAAUUGCCUAUAAUUUCCACCUGUUGUCUAUUCCAUUUGCACAACAGCAUGUGAAAUGUAUUGUCAAUCAGUGUUGCUUCCUAAGUGGACAGUUUGAUUUCACAGAAGUGUGAUUGACUUGGAGUUACAUUGUGUUGUUUAAGUGUUCCCUAUAUUUUUUUGAGCAGUGUAUUUUGUAUUUCUCUUCAGAAAGUAUGAACUCACCCCAUCAAGUAGGUGGCGGCAUGCACCUCUAACGUUGUUUGCGGACCGCCAUAAUACCAUAGAAGAAGAAGAAGAAGAAGAAGAAGAAGAAGAAGAAGAAGAAGAAGAAGAAGAAGAAGAAGAAGAAGAAGAAGAAGAAGAAGAAGAAGAAGAAGAAGAAGAAGAAGAAGAAGAAGAAGAAGAAGAAGAAGAAGAAGAAGAAGAAGACACGUAGGGCACCAGAUGCAACUGCCAUUUUUCGGGUGGGGAGAGAGGGAGAGAGGGAGAGAGGGAGGAGGAAGAAAAGGCUUGGCUUGAAGCGCUGGGCAUCUUGUGAUGACAUUCAUUAUCUGAAUUAGGCCCACAGAAUUAUACCUAUGGAGGAGAGGCUUCUAUGGAGGAACUUUGAAUGUCUUUGAACUUCAGAGUUGGCUUAAUGUUGGACCAGAGAAGCUAACUUGCUAACAAGCUUGUGUGUGCGGAGCGGAGCGGAACCAGAAUUAAAAACACGUCUUACCUUUUUGUAGAUAAUAAAUCCAAUGUGAAAUGUAAUAACUAUAGUAUCCCUAACUAGCAUUUAAAAGUUAAUCCAUUCUUCUCUAAUUAAAAAUCUCUCUCCCUAUCUUCUUAAUCACGCUUGUAAUGUCAGUAGGCUAUAGCUAUGCUUUGGAGGGGGAGGGGCAGGUAGCCUACACACACACACACUGGCAAAGAUUUUCAGGUGUCAGGCAGACACUGGAAGAAAUUCUGAUUGACAGAGGGAGGGCUUUGCAUAGGCACUUUGUUGCGUUUUUUUGUGGGACUGGAGAAAAAAAAUCCUGAACGUAAAAUAACAUUAUUAACCGGUUCCCAUGCCUUUAAAAUAAUGGUUCUGUUAUUUUAAAAGCAUGUUUUUUUUUUUAUAGAAACAGAUCUUGCCUCUCUCUAGUCAGCAGGAAGCAGAUUGUGCAGUCAACCUUUCUACCUGUUGUUGAUUAUGGUGAUACUAUUUAUCAAAGUGCAGCUGCUACUACUCUUAAACCCCUGGAGGCCGUUUAUCAUAGCGCCCUUCGCUUUAUCACAGGAGACAGUUUUAUUACUAUACACUGCAUUCUUUACCAAAAGGUUGGCUGGACCUCUUUAAAGUUAAGUAGAUCACAUCAUUACGCUCUUUUUGUUUACAAAGCCCUGCUCCACAAGCUUCUGACUUACCUAAUGCCACUGUUAGAUAAAAAAAAAGUUAACAGGGUUGGCUAACUUUGGAGACUUCUUUUGUGUCUACAGAGUUAGGUAAAUCGGCCUUUAAUCUCCAAAAUACCUUUCGAUUGUAUGCUUUGAAGUCCUUAGGGCAAUUCAGACAGCUGACAGAGGAUUUUUAUAAUGAAAAAUGUGUUUGUUUUAAUUGACUUAAUGUGUAUUUAAUGUGUAUAUUGUCUAUAUUUAUGUUUAUAUAUACUUGCCUGUUGUAUGUGCUUGUUUUUGUAUUGUGCGGGGCUCAUUUGUGAAAGAGACUUUGGUCUCAAUAUGACUUCCCUGUUGAAGUAAAGGUAAAUAGUUCCGUAACAGUAUAGAUCACUUUCGUUCCAUGUUCUGAUUAUUUUCCUUGAAAAUGUUUGUUAUUUUCCAGUUUUCUGUUCUGUUCCCUGAACCGGUUCCAACCCCUGGUGUGUGCACAGUGGGCGCUGCAACCUGGACUCAGGGUGGACGUAACACAGUAAACGUAAUUCUGGGAUACUCCAAAUAGUAUGCUAUGUUACGCUUUGUAUGCUAUGUAUUAAUUUGUGGAUGUCCAUCAUCCAUUUCGUAUGAUUUGUUACAAAUUUACAAAACGUAUGAUACUGUAUGUUACGAAUUCCAAUUUGUUGUGGCUAACGUUAGCUAGGUGGCUAACAUUAGCUAGGUGGUUAACGUUAGCUAGGGUAGGGGUUAGGGUUAGGAGUUAGGUUAGCUAACAAGCUAAGUAGUUGCAAAGUUGCUAAUUAUCUAAAGUUGUUAGUGAUGAGAUUUGAACACGCAACCUUUGGGUUGCUAGACAUUCGCAUUAUACGCCCAACCAUCCAACCACACUACUUUCGGUUUUGCCUUAAGUAGCCUUCUGUCUUACGUAACCAUAACAAACGUAACCUAUCAUAAACAUUUUAGUUCCCCAGAUUUACAUUUACUAUUUUACGUCUAGUCUAUGAGACCAAGCUGGGCAAUUACUUCACACUGGAAGAAGUUUAGCUACACUAAAGCUACCCUUAAGAAAUAUAUAGUUUACUUAAAGCUGCAAUACCUAACUUUUUGGGUGACCUGACCAAAUUCACAUAGAAAUGUGAGAUAGAUCUGUCGUUAUAGAUCUGUCGUUCUUAUUGAAAGUAAGUCUAAGAAGAGGUAUAUCUGUUCUAUGUACGCUAUUUCUAUGCUUCCCGUUCUUUUACUUUUGAUUUUGUACACCAGCUUCAAACAGCUGAUAAUACAUAUUUUUGAUUAUUGAAAAUAUAUUUCACAGCGGUUUAGAUGGUACAAUGAUUCUCUACACUAUACUUGCUUGUUUUGUCACAUAAACUGAAAUUAGGCACACUAUAAAACAUUUAGCAACAAGGAAAUGGCGGAACGAUUUCUGCAUAUUGCACCUUUAACUAAAGUUACUUUGAAAAAGUAGUUCAGUACAUCCAAACUACUUCGGAAAAAUUAUAAUAUGUAGGCCUAAAUCUGAAAUAGCUAUUUGCACGGGACUAGUAUUACUAGAGAACGUGGUCAUGUAAUUUUUACAGCAGAAUGUCUGUUGUUCCAGAGGACGAUUCGGACGGUGUGUUUUUUCAAAACUGCCCCCUGUAAUUAUAAAUUUUUUGACAAUUAUGAAGGAAGCCUACAGGUUUUUAUUUUAGGUGUGAAGAUAUUUCAACAUAUCCAAGUGAUAACAGGCUACACUAAUAACUCGAGCUUGGCUCCCAAGUUUCUAAACCAUACCAAACCAUCUUUAGUAUAAUGUUGCCAUAAUAAAGUGUGAUCAUAAUCAUUAGGGUAUUUUAGCGAUCCACAGUAGAAGACGUUCUAAUUGCCCCGCAGCCUGCAGAUGUGAGCUAAACAGCGCACUUGCGAUGCGUUUUUAGGCUAUGGAUGAGAAAGUGAACUCCAAAAGUUUAGCUCAGUUGUAAUGCUGCUUUGCGAUCUAUUAACAGCAAGCGUUGCAUCAAAUAGGCGCAAUGUUUUUUUACUGAAGCAUUUGGCGAUGUUCAAUUCAUCGGCACAAAACGUAUAAACAAAAGCAUUCACUGUGAAAGUUGAUACAUGUAGGUCCUUCAUAUGUACAAAUCAUUAAGACCUUCCUAAUAUAGAGUUGCACUCCCCACCCCCUUCCACUUUUGCCCUCAGAACAGCCUCAAUUCGUCUGGGCAUGGAGUCUACAAGGUGUCGAAAGUGUUCUACAGGGAUGCUGGCCCAUGUUGACUCCAAUGCUUCCCACAGUUGUGCCAAGUUGGCCGGAUAUCCUUUGGGUGGUGGACCAUUCCUGAUACACUCAGGAAACUGUUGAGCAUGAAAAACCCAGCAGCAUUGCAGUUCUUGACAAAACCGGUGCACCUGGCACCUACUACCAUACCCUGUUCAAAGGCUCUUAUAGUCAAUCUUUUGUCUUGCCCAUUCAUGAAUGGCACACAUACACAAUCCAUGUCUAAAUUGUCUCAAGGCUUAAAAAUCCUUCUUUAACUUGUCUCCUUCCCUUCAUUUACACUGAUUGAAGUGGAUUUAACAAGUGGCAUCAAUAAGGGAUCAUAGCUUUCACCUGGAUUCACCUGGUCAGUCUAUGUCAUGGAAAGAGCAGGUGUUGUUAAUGUUUUGUACACUAGCGUGGAACCCCAUAUUAUCGGCAUAUUCAACAGCGUUUAAGAAAUAUAUUACCUUCAACAGUGUUAUCUUGUGAUCAAGCCAUCAAUGUUAUGUGAUUAUUGGUGUCGUAAAGAUGUUAGCUAACGGGUUAGCAAUUAGCAAGUUUGACAUUUCAGUGGAAAUACUACUAUUAUCAGUUUUUUGAUAAGCGGUUUAGCAAAAAAAUACGUCCCGUAUUAUCGGCAUACGGCCCCCAGUUAUUGGCCACCUUACUAUUUUGUUCAAUUACAAGAUAUAUCCGUUUGUUCAAAAAAGAGACACCAACCACGUACCCGAAGUGUUUACUAGAUAGUUGACUAGUUGGCUAGCCUUCCGGUAAAAAAUAAUGACUUGCCUAUCAACUUUUCAUUGCGUAGUCCGGUGCGCCCUCCUGUGGACUCUUAAAAAAUGGUUAUUUACCAACCAGUGUUGUAACCAAAUAAUGUCUCAUCAUUUGUUUUACAGAUUAAUCUUAUGUUUUGAGAAAGUAGAUAACAGUUGAAUACUAAAAUAUGAGUAUUAAUAAUUUACAUCAAAUAAAACUUUAAUUUCAGUAAUGUGCAUUGACAUAAACAAUGAAAACACUGUUGGAGUUUGUGUUGCAGAGAUGCACUUGGAAAGUAAAGGAAGAAAUACACAAGAUGGGGUCAAUAAAUACAGUGGGGAAAAAAAGUAUUUAGUCAGCCACCAAUUGUGCAAGUUCUCCCACUUAAAAAGAUGAGAGAGGCCUGUAAUUUUCAUCAUAGGUACACGUCAACUAUGACAGACAAAUUGAGGAAAAGAAAUCCAGAAAAUCACAUUGUAGGAUUUUUAAUGAAUUUAUUUGCAAAUUAUGGUGGAAAAUAAGUAUUUAGUCAAUAACAAAAGUUUCUCAAUACUUUGUUAUAUACCCUUUGUUGGCAAUGACACAGGUCAAACGUUUUCUGUAAGUCUUCACAAGGUUUUCACACACUGUUGCUGGCAUUUUGGCCCAUUCCUCCAUGCAGAUCUCCUCUAGAGCAGUGAUGUUUUGGGGCUGUCGCUGGGCAACACAGACUUUCAACUCCCUCCAAAGAUUUUCUAUGGGGUUGAAAUCUGGAGACUGGCUAGGCCACUCCAGGACCUUGAAAUGCUUCUUACGAAGCCACUCCUUCGUUGCCUGGGCGGUGUGUUUGGGAUCAUUGUCAUGCUGAAAGCCCCAGCCACGUUUCAUCUUCAAUGCCCUUGCUGAUGGAAGGAGGUUUUCACUCAAAAUCUCACGAUACAUGGCUCCAUUCAUUAUUUCCUUUACACGUAUCAGUCGUCCUGGUCCCUUUGCAGAAAAACAGCCCCAAAGCAUGAUGUUUCCACCCCCAUGCUUCACAGUAGGUAUGGUGUUCUUUGGAUGCAACUCAGCAUUCUUUGUCCUCCAAACACGACAAGUUCUAUUUUGGUUUCAUCUGACCAUAUGACAUAUGACAUUCUCCCAAUCCUCUUCUGGAUCAUCCAAAUGCACUCUAGCAAACUUCAGACGGGCCUGGACAUGUACUGGCUUAAGCAGGGGGACACGUCUGGCACUGCAGGAUUUGAGUCCCUGGCGGCGUAGUGUGUUACUGAUGGUAGGCUUUGUUACUUUGGUCCCAGCUCUCUGCAGGUCAUUCACUAGGUCCCCCCGUGUGGUUCUGUGAUCAUUUUGACCCCACAGGGUGAGAUCUUGCGUGGAGCCCCAGAUCGAGGGAGAUUAUCAGUGGUCUUGUAUGUCUUCCAUUUCCUAAUAAUUGCUCCCACAGUUGAUUUCUUCAAACCAAGCUGCUUACCUAUUGCAGAUUCAGUCUUCCCAGCCUGGUGCAGGUCUACAAUUUUGUUUCUGGUGUCCUUUGACAGCUCUUUGGUCUUGGCCAUAGUGGAGUUUGGAGUGUGACUGUUUGAGGUUGUGGACAGGUGUCUUUUAUACUGAUAACAAGUUCAAACAGGUGCCAUUAAUACAGGUAACGAGUGGAGGACAGAGGAGCCUCUUAAAGAAGAAGUUACAGGUCUGUGAGAGCCAGAAAUCUUGCUUGUUUGUAGGUGACCAAAUACUUAUUUUCCACCAUCAUUUGCAAAUAAAUUCAUAAAAAAUCCUACAAUGUGAUUUUCUGGAUUUUUUCCCCUCAAUUUGUCUGUCAUAGUUGACGUGUACCUACGAUGAAAAUUACAGGCCUCUCUCAUCUUUUUAAGUGGGAGAACUUGCACAAUUGGUGGCUGACUAAAUACUUUUUUUCCCCACUGUAUGUAAAGAGAGAUUUUUUUUUUUUACAUUGCUGUUUUAUAAAACAGAUAACAGUCAUUUUUUUUGUAAUUUAACAUGUGUUUACCUGUGGAGGUGGCUGUAUUCAAAUUGCAGGGAGCAGGGACACCAGACGAGGCUGCUAUGGUGUUGUGACCAGGGGAGACGGAGGAGGCAGUUGGUCCAGAGGAGGCCGUGUUGGUGGUGACAGACAGGGGGGGUGGUGUGCAUCGUGGUGGUGGUGGACAAAACCGCCGACGAUGGCUUGGAGGAGCUGGUGUUUGUAAUGGUGGGGUUGAGAGGCCGACGAUGGUGUGGCCGGGAGAGUAGGCACGUAGCCUUCUUCUGCAGCUGGGGACUCCGGCGUCUCCUACAGGUGUUGCACACUGGGAGGCACAGGCAGUGGUGAUGCAGCUGUCAGGAGUGGUUCCAGCAGGGGGUCCAGCAGAGGCGAUGGCGUCAAUGGUCACAUCCAUGGCAGCCCUCUCCUGUGCCCUCUGUGUUCUGAGGGCUGCCCAACGCUCUUUCUCCUCUGCCUCGGCCCUCUCCUUCUCACCCCUCUCCUGUCACUGGCGCGUGUAUUCCUCCCCGGUGAGGCAUGUGGCGACCACAGGGAGUAUCUAGCCGAUACUUAAGGACAGUAAGGAUGUGCCCCAGGUCCUUCGCUAUCAGCCCCCCCUCUAUUAGGGGGGUGCUCUUCUAGAGCUAGGGCUGGGACUGGAGCAGGGGCUUGGACUGGAGCAGGGGCUGAGGGUCCUCCUGUGGUCACUGGGGAGGAGGUGCUGAUGGACGGCACAGUGCUGCUGGUUCCAGGAGAGGCGGUGGUGGGACCCGGAAGGGACCGAGAUGGCAUUAAACGGGACCCUUCAAUGGCUGAAGGGUCAAAAGGGAAGAGGCCACACUUCUUAAACCCUUCCACCACAUAGCGCAUGUCCUUGCAGCGCUGGUACGGGUAGCGGAAUACUCUGGCAAAUUCUUUAAAGGGCCAAAGUAUGCCACGUCCCACGGCUGCAGGACAUGGGUGCAGUGUGGUGAAAGAUAAAGAAGUAUAACCCCUUCCCUUAGUGCCGCCGCGAGCACCUCUGGGUCCAUGUGGCUCUUGUGCCCAUCGAAGAGGAGAAAGAGAGGGCGCUCCUUCACUGCAUGCUUAAUGAAGUGCUAAAACCACUUCCUGAACAGGUCCCUGUCAAUGUAGCCACUGUUUGACCGUCCAUACAAGGCUUGGGGGGGGGGGGGCCUCCCAGUGUGUAGUGGCCACCGGGGAAACACUUGGGGUAGAUGAUAAAUGGGGGGACAUCCACCCCAGCUGCAUUGAAGCAGGCCAGCACUGUGAUGUGCUCCUUGGUCCCCAGACUCAUCGCAGUUAUAGAUUUGUCUGGGUUUCUCCCUCAACCCACUCUCCUCCAAGUGCUUCUCAUAAGAAGUGAAGAAGGUGUCCAUCAUCGGACGUGUGGCACACUCAGCUCUCCCCCUGUCCAGGGUGUCCGGCCUCCUCAUGCUCAGGUUCUUGUGCCUCCUCCUGAACAUUUCCCACCACCUCUUCCCCAGUGGUGGGAUUGUUUCCCCUGGGUGCCGAAACCUACAAUAGAAGAGAAUAUGUAAUUGUCCAUCCAGGAUGAACAUUUUUGUUUUGGCAUCACCAUACACAUCCACAUUUACAUCACACACAUUGAGAACAGUCAGUCCAGCAUUCUACAUACAUAAACACAUAGAACACCAAAUACCUGCGUAUUUUGUUGAAGUAUUUCAUCAGCCUCUGUCUGGUAAAGGGGAACCCAUGGCUGGCGCAGUAGAUACAGUACUGCACCAGACAAUUGUCAAGCAAUGUGGGUGGUCCACUGCGACAACCAUGGGUCACCCGGCCGCUCAGCCUGUCCGCCAGGGUCUGCUGAGGUACACCAUGCACCUUGGUAGAUAAGAAAAGAAAACUGUUACUAGCAGAUAAAAUUCACAUACACAUGGUAAUCUCCUAAAAACAAAAGAUGCCUAACCUUGGCAGCCUGGCGGAUAGCCAUCCCUGCCCCGCAGUCCUCCAUGGCAUGGAACAUGUCCACUUCACUCCACUGCUUCCUCUUGACUUUCUCCAUGCUGUGGUGGUAAAUACAUGUAGCUAAAUAACUUGGCAUACUAUAUACAUUUUAGAAAGAUAACUCGAUCUGAAUAUGUAUAAACAUUUACAUUUCAAAGCUAAGGCAUUGAAAAGUGAUGAAAGUUGUUUGAUGUUAUCGGUCAUUAAAAUUAGUGUCCCAAUUAGUUUAAUAUUGAUGCAUAGAUUGUAACAGACUAAAUACUGCCUAUAUGUAGCUGUUGUAAGAUUAAACAUAGCCAACAGUGAUAGGUGUCAAAAAGAUAAUGGUUCAAAGUUCAAAAUAAAUUUUUGCAGAUUGUUUAAAACGCCGCCGUCAAAGGACUCCAAUUCUGAAAAGGUCAAGCUUGACAACAUUCAGCUGUUUUCGUGAUAUGUAUUAUCUAAUGCUUACAAUUUCUUUCAUUUUUGCUUACUUAGCAGUUCUAUCAACAUUUAGCAACUAAGCCAGCAACAUUAGAAAGUCUGUUAGCUAUAUUUCAGAGGUAAAAAGUUGGAUAUUAAAUUAGGUGUGGUCUGUCGCGCAGUCGAAUUUUACAAUAUACAGCGUGUCCCACAAAAUAUGUAUGUAUAUAACUUUUUUGAAAACUCUCAAAACCAAACUUAACUUACAAAAAUUGCACUGAAAAUCGGCUAGCUAGAAGGGUGUCUUUAGUCGCAAAACUUACCAUUAUUUUCCAGUCCAUUUAAAUGUUGAACUCGAGGUGAUUUAGUCCUCCAACCGCUAGAGAGUGUCCGAAGUUAGGGGGUGUCCGAUGUUGGGAGAAAAUUAGCUAAGUGUAUAUAGGCUAUGUGCAGCACUUCGUUUUAAGCAUCAAUUUAUCGACUCAGUUAUUGUUUUCUUGCUCAAACAACGAACAACACCUGUCAAACUCAGACAUUUCUCUCUAAACACAGGGAUGUUGAUUCACACUGGACUAUAUUCUCAGAGGACCUUGGAGUUACAGUGAGGGAAAAAAGUAUUUGAUCCCCUGCUGAUUUUGUACGUUUGCCCACUGACAAAUAAAUGAUCAGUCUAUAAUUUUAAUGGUAGGUUUAUUUGAACAGUGAGAGACAGAAUAACGCAUGUCAAAAAUGUUAUAAAUUGAUUUGCAUUUUAAUGAGGGAAAUAAGUAUUUGACCCCCUCUCAAUGAGAAAGAUUUCUGGCUCCCAGGUGUCUUUUAUACAGGUAACGAGCUGAGAUUAGGAGCACACUCUUAAAGGGAGUGCUCCUAAUCUCAGUUUGUUACCUGUAUAAAAGACACCUGUCCACAGAAGCAAUCAAUCAUUCAGAUUCCAAAUUCUUCACCAUUGCCAAGACCAAAGAGCUCUCCAAGGAUGUCAGGGACAAGAUUGUAGACCUACACAAGGCUGGAAUGGGCUACAAGACCUGAAGGUGACAAUAGUUGGUGCGAUUAUUCGCAAAUGGAAGAAACACAAAAUAACUGUCAAUCUCCCUCGGCCUGGGGCUCCAUGCAAGAUCUCACCUCGUGGAGUUGCAAUGAUCAUGAGAACGGUGAGGAAUCAGCCCAGAACUACACGGGAGAAUCUUGUCAAUGAUCUCAAGGCAGCUGGGACCAUAGUCACCAAGAAAACAAUUGGUAACACACUACGCCGUGAAGGACUAAAAUCCUGCAGUGCCCGCAAGGUCCCCCUGCUCAAGAAAGCACAUAUACAGGGCUGUCUGAAGUUUGCCAAUGAACAUCUGAAUGAUUCAGAGGAGAACUGGGUGAAAGUGUUGUGGUCAGAUGAGACCAAAAUCGAGCUCUUUGGCAUCAACUCAACUCGCCGUGUUUGGAGGAGGAGGAAUGCUGCCUAUGACCCCAAGAACACCAUCCCCACUGUCAAACAUGGAGGUGGAAACAUUAUGCUUUGGGGGUGUUUUUCUGCUAAAGGGACAGGACAACUUUACCACAUCAAAGGGACGAUUAACGGGGCCAUGUACCGUCAAAUAUUGGGUGAGAACCUCCUUCCCUUAGCCAGGGCAUUGAAACUGGGUCGUGGAUGGGUAUUCUAGCAUGACAAUAACCCAAAACACACGGCCAAGGCAAAAAAGGAGUCGCUCAAGAAGAAGCACAUUAAGGUCCUGGAGUGGGCUAGCCAGUCUCCAGACCUUAAUCCCAUAGAAAAUCUGUGGAGGGAGCUGAAGGUUCGAAUUGCCAAACAUCAGCCUCGAAACCUUAAUGACUUGGAGAAGAUCUGCAAAGAGGAGUGGAACAAAAUCCCUCCUGAGAUGUGUGCAAACCUGGUGGCCAACUACAAGAAACGUUUGACCUCUGUGAUUGCCAACAAGGGUUUUGCCACCAAGUACUGAGUCAUGUUUUGCAGAGGGGUCAAAUACUUAUUUCCCUCAUUAAAAUGCAAAUCAAUUUAUAACAUUUUUGACAUGCGUUUUUCUGGAUUUUAUUGUUGUUAUUCUGUCUCUCACUGUUCAAAUAAACCUACCAUUAAAAUGAUAGACUGAUCAUCUCUUUGUCAGUGGGCAAACGUACAAAAUCAGCAGGGGAUCAAAUACUUUUUUCCCCCUCACUGUAAACGAAAAACAGUGUGUUCUUCCGGCUGGAAUUAUUACUCUCCUGCUAUGUAAAAAUGACCGACAUGGCAGAUUCGGAUAGGACACAGUCAUGCACGUAAUUAGGCUUAAAUAACCCUAUAUCCCCCAGUAAAACGAAUCCCUUGUGAAUAGGGUUUAUAGACUAGAAAUUGCAAGAACAGAUCGCUUUGUGUUCAUACAGUGGGGUCUGAAAUGAUUGUAUAUGUUAACAGAAUGUGUAAUUCAGCCUAUCAAACACAAAAAUGAUGUUUCAAGUGAGAAUUAGGAAGGUGGUCUGAUUUUGUUUUACAAAAAAAGUAGUGUGUAGUUCCAGUAAUUAGCUACACCGCUACAUGGCUAAAAAGUAAUUAACAAUUGAAAACACUACCUAGAUUAGAAUUUAGUUCAACUACCACCAAGCUACUGCAAAAUGUAGCUAAAUUACUAGUUGAAUUAGUAGUUCACUACUAAUGUUGCUCACUACUUCCCAACACUGGAAUAUACAGAAACAACCUUGAAUGUGGGCUAUUGCUGGGGUAUUGCUGAAACCAGGCUAAAGCGAAAGAGCCAUGCCAUAUCCUGUGUCUUCCCCUUGUGGCUGAGGGGUGUUAGUGCAGGUGUGUUCGAUCCAGCCUGCGUAGACUCCUACAGACCCAUUCACCCUAGUCUGAAAAAUGUCACAAUCCUCCUCCCACUGACACACAGGGUCUGGGCUAAAUAUAACAUCACACACACACACACAGGUAAAAUACCUGGGGAGAAGGACUGAGAGUUAGAGAGAGAGAGAGAGAGAGAGAGAGAGAGAGAGAGAGAGAGAGAGAGGGAGAGAGAGGGAGAGAGAGACACAUGUGUCCAAACACACACACACACACACACAUCAAUUGGUGAACAGGGUGAGAUAGACAAAUACCAUUGAAAAUGAAUAAUAGCCUCUCCAUCCUUCCAUCAGUACGUGAAUAUUUCUCAUUCACAAAGGUCAGCUGUCAAAACUGAUUGGAUUGAACUGACUCCCUAAGUGGCCAAGCCAACAAUGAUAAGUCAUUCCUACUGCAUACAGUGGGAAGAAAAAGUAUAUGAACCCUUUGGAAUUACCUGGAUUUCUGCAGAAAUGUGUCAUACAUUUUGAUCUGAUCUUCAUCUAAGUCACAACAAUAGACAAACACAGUCUGCUUAAACUAAUAACACACAAAUUAUUGUAUUUUUCGUGUCUAUAUUGAAUACAUCAUUCAAACAUUCACAGUGUAGGUUGGAAAAAGUAUGUGAACCCCUAGGCUAAUGACUUCUCCAAAAGCUAAUUGGAGUCAGGAGUCAGCUAACCUGGAGUCCAAUCAAUGAGACGAGAUUGGAGAUGUUGGUUAGAGCUGCCCUGCCCUGUAAAAAACACUCACAAAAUGUGAGUUUGCUAUUCACAAGAUGCAUUGCCUGAUGUGAAACAUGCCUCGAACAAAAGAGAUCUCAGAAGACCUAAGAUUAAGAAUUGUUGACUUGCAUAAAGCUGGAAAGGGUUAGAAAAGUGUCUCUAAAAGCCUUGAUGUUCAUCAGUCCAUGGUACGACAAAUUGUCUAUAAAUGGAGAAAGUUCAGCACUGUUGCUACUCUCCCUAGGAGUGGCCGUCCUGCAAAGAUGACUGCAAGAGCACAGUGCAGAAUGCUCAAUGAGGUUUAGAAGAAUCCUAGAGUGUCAGCUAAAGACUUACAGAAAUCUCUGGAUCAUGCUAACAUUUCUGUUGACGAGUCUACGAUACGUAAAACACUAAACAAGAAAGGUGUUCAUGGGAGGACACCACGGAAGAAGCCACUGCUGUCCAAAAAAACCCAUUGCUGCACGUCUGAAGUUCGCAAAAGAGCACCUGGAUGUUCCACAGCACGACUGGCAAAAUAUUCUGUGAUCAGAUGAAUCUAAAGUUGAGUUGUUUGGAAGGAACACACAACACUAUGUGUGGAGAAAAAAAGGCACAACACACCAACAUCAAAACCUCAUCAAAACUGUAAAGUAUGGUGGAGGAAGCAUCAUGGUUUGGUGCUGCCUCAGGGCCUGGACAGCUUUGUAUCAUCGACGGAAAAAUGAAUUCCCAAGUUUAUCAAGACAUUUUGCAGGAGAAUGUAAGGCUAUCUGUCCGCCAAUUGAAGCUCAACAGAAGUUAGGUGAUGCAACAGGACAACAACCCAAAACACAGAAGUGAGUCAACAACAGAAUGGCUUCAACCGAAGAAAAUACACCUUCUGGAGUGGCCCAGUUAGAGUCCUGACCUCAACCCGAUUGAGAUGCUGUGGCAUGACCUCAAGAGAGCGGUUCACACCAGACAUCCCAAGAAUAUUGCUGAACUGAAACUGUUUUGUAAAGAGGAAUGGUCCAAAAUUCCUCCUGACCGUUGUGCAGGUCUGAUCCGCAACUACAGAAAACGUUUGGUUGAGGUUAUUGCUGUCAAAGGAGGGUCAACCAGUUAUUAAAUCCAAGGGUUCACAUACUUUUCCCACCCUGCACUGUGAAUGUUUACACAGUGUGUUCAAUAAAGACAUGAAAACAUAUAAUUGUUUGUGUGUUAUUAGUUUAAGCAGACUGUGUGUGUCUAUUGUUGUGACUUAGAUGAAGAUCAGAUCAACUUCUAUGACCAACUUAUGCAGACAUCCAGGUAAUUCCAAUGGGUUCACAUACUUUUUCUUGCCACUGUAUAUUGUCCAGACCAGCUCUCAGAAUCAGAAUCACAUUUAUUCGCCAAGUACAUUUUACUUGGUGAUAUGGUGCUGCUAGUGAUAGACCAUUUUUAGAGACAGAAUACCGACAGUGGAGUUCAAACAAAGUGUACAUACAGUUGAAGUCGGAAGUUUACAUUCACCUUAGCCAAAUACAUUUAAACUCAGUUUUUCACAAUACCUGACAUUUAAUCCUAGUAAAAAUUCCCUGUUUUAGGUCAGUUAGGAUCACCACUAUAUUUUAAGAACAUGAAAUGUCAGAAUAAUAGUAGAGAGAAUGAUUUAUUUCAGACCAGAGGACAUUUCUCCAAAAAGUAAGAUAUUUUUCCUCAUAUGCAGUUGCAAACCGUAGUCUGGCUUUUUUAUGGCGAUUUUGGAGCAGUGGCUUCUUCCUUGCUGAGCAGCCUUUCAGGUUAUGUCGAUAUAGGACUCGUUUUACUGUGGAUAUGGAUACUUUUGUACCUGUUUCCUCCAGCAUCUUCACAAGGUCCUUUGCUAUUGUUCUGGGAUUGAUUUGCACUUUUCGCACCAAAGUACGCUCAUCUCUAGGAGACAGAACGCGUCUCCUUCCUGAGCGGUAUGACGGCUGCGUGGUCCCAUGGUGUUUAUACUUGCGUACUAUUUUUUGCACAGAUGAACGUGGUACCUUCAGGCAUUUGGAAAUUGCUCCCAAGGAUGAACCAGAGUUGUGGAGAUCUACAAUAAUUUUUCUGAGGUCUUGGCUGAUUUCUUUUGAUUUUCCCAUGAUGUCAAGCAAAGAGGCACUGAGUUUGAAAGUAGGCUUUGAAAUACAUCCACAGGUACACCUCCAAUUGACUCAAAUGAUGUCAAUUAGCCUAUCAGAAGCUUCUAAAGCCAUGACAUCAUUUUCUGGAAUUUUCUAAGCUGUUUAAAGGCACAGUCAACUUAGUGUAUUUAAACUUCUGACCCACUGGAAUUGUGAUACAGUGAAUUCUAAGUGAAAUAAUCUGUCUGUAAACAAUUGUUGGAAAAAUUACUUGUGUCAUGCACAAAGUAGAUGUCCUAACCGACUUGCCAAAACUAUAGUUUGUUAAAAAAUUGUGGAGUGGUUGAAAAACAAGUUUUAAUGACUCCAACCUAAGUGUAUGUAAACUUCUGACGUCAACUGUACAUUAGUUCAUUCUGGGAGAAAGAAAUCCACAUUUUUGUUGUGAUCCAAAAGUGAACAAACAAACAAAGUAAACAGCGACCAAAACCCAGGGACUGCCUCACCAGGCACCUGUUUAGGUUUGGAGGGCGGGUCUCUAAUAUACUGGUGUUUAGCCUUCAGUACAGAUCAGACUAACUGGAUGUGGGCCAUCAGAGCUCUACAUUCUGGAUGAAAGACGGACAGAGUGAGGGAUAGACAGUGAGGAAUGGGUCCUCAGAUCCUCAAAAAAUUCUACAGCUGCACCAUCGAGAGCAUCCUGACUGGUUGCAUCACCGCCUGGUAUGGCAACUGCUUGGCCUCCGACCGCAAGGCACUACAGAGGGUAGUGCGUACGGCCCAGUACAUCACUGGGGCAAAGCUUCCUGCCAUCCAGGACCUCUAUACCAGGCGGUGUCAGAGGAAGGCCCUCAAAAUUGUCAAAGACUCCAGCCACCCUAGUCAUAGACUGUUCUCUCUGCUACCGCACGGCAAGCGGUACCGGAGUGCCAAGUCUAGGUCCAAAAGACUUCUCAACAGCUUCUACCCCCAAGCCAUAAGACUCCUGAACAGCUAAUCAUGGCUACCCGGACUAUUUGCACUGCCCCCCCCACCCCAUCCUUUUUACGCUGCUGCUACUCUGUUAAGUAUUUAUGCAUAGUCACUUUAACUCUACCCACAUGUACAUAUUACCUCAACUACCUCAACUAGCCGGUGCCCCCGCACAUUGACUCUGCAACGGUACCCCCCUGUAUAUAUAGCCUCCCUACUGUCACUUUAUUUUACUUCUGCUCUUUUUUUUCUCAACACUUUUUUUUGUUGUUGUUUUAUUUUAACUUUUUUUGUUUAAAAUAAAUGCACUGUUGGUUAAGGGCUGUAAGUAAGCAUUUCACUGUAAUGUCUGCACCUGUUGUAUUCGGCGCAUGUGACCAAUACAAUUUGAUUUGAUUUGAUUUGAUUUGACAGAGGGAUUCAGUGAGCGAGAGGGAGAAAGUGUGUGUGAGAGAGAGAGAGAGAGAGAGAGAAAUUAAACAUUCAAAUUAGAGUAAGUGACUAUAACACUCUAACAACAUAUUUCUGAGACUGCAUCAAGGUUAUUAUAGUAAACUAAAACUUCAACAAAAACGAAUCAUGAAAAAACAAUUUAGUAAACUGAAAUAAAACAAUUAACAAACCCGUUUGAAAAACUAAAACUAUACUGAAAUUAUUAUCUUUGACUUCAAAACUAACUAAAAUAAAAAAUAAAAACCACCAUGAAUUAUGUUCAGUUUUAGUUUUUUUCUAAACUUUGGGCAAAAAUUUAAUCUGGUUUUCAAUGGGGGUUUCAAUGGGGUUUUAAGCUUUUGGGAGUUUUCAAGCUAUUGAAUCUGGCGAGUUAAUAUGUGGAUGGUGUUGUUUCAAAUAAGACUACCUUGUGCAUCGCAAUCACUAGCUAACAGAGGAUAAAAUCUAGGUAGCUAACUUGAUUCUUCUUACAUGUACUACUAAAGUUAAAAAGCAUUGGAUUGGUGUAAUGUAGUCCCCCUGUAGCUCAGUUGGUAGAACAUGGCGCUUGCAAUGCCAGGGUUGUGGGUUCAUUUCUCAAGGGGGGCCAGUAUGAAAAUGUAUGCACUCACUAACUGUAAGUUGCUCUGGAUAAGAGCGUCUGCUAAAUGACUAAAAUGUAAACAUGGGCGAGAGAGUUUCUUUCGACAACAUUUUUUGCACCUGUCUCGGCUCUAUUCCUUUUAAAUCUAAGUCACAUUUAGAUUAACUUUUGGCCAUGAGGCUCUUUAUCUACUUCCCCAGAGUCAGAUGAACUUGUCAAUACCAUUUUUAUGCAUCUAUGUGCAGUUUGAAGGAAGCUGCUAACUAGCAUUCGCACAAUUGCUUUGUGCUAAUGCUAGUUAGCAUUGGCUUGCAAAACUAGCUUUAAAUUCGUUCAUACUGGACGUAGAUACAUAAAAAUGGUAUCCACAAGUUCAUCUGAAGUUCAAAAUUCCAAACUAUAUAUAAAAUAUAAUAUAAAAACUAAAUAGUAGCAUUUUUAUACAACUACUACUAAAUAAGAACUAGCAAAUCAGGUCUGAAAACUAAACGGAAUUUUAAAAAAACGUAUAUAAAACACAAAGCUAUAAUAACCUUCAUACCAAUCAGUCAGUAUUACUUCUCACACAAUCCUCACUAUUAGAGUCAAACCCAAACAUUAGCAUGGAAUUUAUAAAUGGGUUUAAAUAGGUUGAAACUUAAUCGACUACAGUAACACGAAAGAGGGCCCAAGCCAACAUACACGAUCUCCCAGUUUUAGGCCUGAUACUCUAUGUCAUACUGUAGCUGGGUCUUAAUGGAGCACAGCAGAGGCUGCUGAGGGGUGGACAGCUCAUAAUAAUGGCUGGAAUGGAAUUGCAUCAAACACAUGGAAACCAUGUGUUUGAUACCAUUCUUCCUAUUCCGCUCCAGCCAUUACCACGAGCACAUCCUCCCCAAUGAAGGUGCCACCAACCUCCUGUGAUGGAGCACCCUCAUAGGAAGAUGUGUGAGGGUUCGCAGUAGAAGGUCAUCUACUCCAUACUGGCCCCCCCGUGGGAAUCGAACCCACAACCCUGGCGUUGCAAGCGCCAUGCUCUACCAACUGAGCUACAGGAGGCCUAGCUAACAUCAAAGGGCUAGAUAACAGUUGGCCCAGCCAAGACUUGCUCCUGCCUCCCUAUAUUGAGUAAAAUUGCUAUUUGUCACUUUCUGAUGUUGCUCCCUUUGCUGUUUGAAAGCCAAGGUCAAGUGUAGUCAGUCAGCAGUGUUGUUGUAAGAUUGAGCAUGUUUAAAAAGAACAUCCUGCAAUAUAAAUUCCUUUUACAUUUUCUAUUGUUUAAAAACGAUGGCACAUUGGUUGAGUGACUGGUGGUGGUUCAUAACCACAAAAUGCAUGUUGGUUGCAUUACACUUUAGUGUCCAGCAGGUGGAGGCAGAGCAAUGCAAAGGUCUACCAGGGUAUGAAUCCACUUUCAUAGUACCAGUCAUAGGCCUAUGGAUUUUAUUGCCAUGUCUGAAUGUUUGAUUGUUUGCAUUGUGCAUUUGAUUCACUUGAUUAAAUGAUUGACUUUGUGAUCAAUUGAUCAACUAACUGAUUGUCUAACAGACUUCUCCUCUGGUGUCUUCCCUAGGCCAUGGCCGUGCCUCCCUUCUCCGCCCCCCUCCCUCUCCUCGUGGCUCUGCUUCAGUUUACAGUACUACCUCUUGUCCACGCGGGGGCGUACUACAGACACAAGCAGCACCCUCAGCAGCACCAGGCCAUGCCACACCUGUCCCACAUGGGCAUAGGGGGUAAGGAGCAGCAACCUCAGCAGCAUUGGCCGGGAAAAGAGAUACCCCACAUGCAGUACCCCCAGUACAGAAAAGAGAUCCCCCAGAUGUCCAUGCACAUGGGCAAGGCGAACCCCCACAAAGGUGGAGUAGUCAACGGUGGACAGGACAAAGGUGAGACCGAAGCGCUCAAAUUACAUGUGGCUCUGGUCAAAAGUAGGCCAGUAGUAUGUUGCUUAUAUUAAGAUCAUGUCAAUCUUCAAUGUUCAUUACCUAACCCAACUCUAGUUAGGACACACACACACACACUGCCAUCUUGGAAUGUUUAGACUGAAUGGACAUUUCAUCCCCCACAGGUCAGACCAUCCCCAGUGGGGCAGUGGGAGGUCUCCCCGGAGGUCUGCCAGGAGAGCAGGGCCCAGCUGGGCCUCCCGGACCUGAGGGUCCCUUUGGGCCUCCAGGACCUCCCGGGGAAGGACAGCCAGGAAGUGAAGGAAAACCAGGCCCCGCUGGUCCCCCAGGAUUCCCUGCAGUAGGAAAACCAGGACUCACAGGAAUACCAGGCAAGCCAGGCGGCAUGGGAGAGCCAGGACUACCUGGAGAGCUGGGCCCCAGCGGCGGAGAGGGUCCGAUGGGGCAGCCAGGGCCUCAGGGGUCCCCUGGUCCUCCAGGUCUUCCAGGGAUAGGAAAACCAGGGGUUGGGGGGUUUCCAGGACAACCAGGACCCAGAGGAGACCCAGGACACAAGGGCCUGCCAGGACUACCAGGAUUACCAGGACCCAAGGGUGACAAGGGGAUCGGACAGCCAGGACAGCCAGGCCACAAAGGACUAGCAGGACCUCCUGGACCUCCAGGCCAGGGAGGGAUGCCUGGUGUGGGCAAGCCUGGAAUGAAUGGCAUGUCAGGGCCACCAGGAGGACCAGGGAAACCAGGCCCCCCUGGAGAGCAGGGGCUGGCUGGACCAGCAGGAGAGGGCGGAGAGCCCGGUCCACCAGGGCUGCCCGGCCAGGGUAAACCUGGCCAGAACGGUCUGCCGGGACAACCAGGGAUGCCCGGUGGAAAAGGGCAUCCAGGCCCUCCAGGUUUGCCGGGGAAACCUGGAUUGCCAGGAUUCGGAAAACCAGGAUUCCCAGGACCAAAGGGAGAUAAGGGGAUGGGUGGGAUGCCCGGAGGCCCAGGACCAAAGGGAGACAAAGGCCAUGGAGGACUGCCUGGUAUGCUAGGACAGCCUGGACCAAUUGGACCAGCUGGUCCUCCUGGUCCUAUGGGACCCCCUGGAGGUCUGGGCCAACCAGGGCCAAAAGGCGAGGCUGGAGAGGGAGGGCAUAAGGGGUUGUCUGGUGGGCAAGGGAAGCCUGGUCCUCCUGGACUGCCUGGUCAGAAUGGCUUCCCUGGAGAUGGAGGAGAGCCAGGGCCAAGGGGUCCCCCCGGGCCUGUAGGACCCCAAGGGGAAGGCGGACACAAAGGGUUACCAGGCGGCCCUGGCAUUCCAGGCCUACCUGGGCCAAAGGGAGAGGGAGGACUUCCAGGUGAGAAGGGUCCCCAAGGUCCAAAAGGCAUUCCAGGUCUGGGAGGUGCAGGUGGGCCAAUCGGACCUCCUGGUGCCCCUGGAACUAAAGGUGACAGUGGACCACCUGGUCUUCUCGGCGUUGAUGGUAAGGGAAACCCAGGUGUCCCUGGUCCUCUUGGACCUCCAGGUAAAGAAGGUCCUGAAGGACCACCGGGAAACCCAGGCCAGCCAGGUCCACCUGGUCCCCCAGGCCCUCCCGGACCCACCGAUAUGGGAGCAGUCCUCCCUGAGAUGGGUAUUCCUCCUGGGCUGGACGGAGUCAAGACCGCCGGCUAUGGCAAGAAGGGCAAAUAUGGAGGAAACGGCGAAGAGGUGAUGGGCCCCAACGGCCUGGAGAUGCCCGCGUUCACGGCUCUGGUGACCACGCCCUUCCCACCUGUGGGCACGCCUGUGGUGUUCGACAAGAUCCUGUACAACGGCCGUCAGAACUAUAACCCCCAGACAGGCGUGUUCACCUGUGACAUGCCCGGGAUCUACUACUUUGCCUACCACAUCAGCUGCAAAGGGGCCAACGUGUGGGUGGCGCUGAUGAGGAACGAUGAGCCUGUGAUGUACACGUAUGACGAGUAUAAGAAGGGCUUCCUGGAUCAGGCGUCGGGGAGCGCAGUGUUACCUCUACAGCCCGGGGACACUGUGUACCUCCAGCUACCCUCAGACCAGGCCGCAGGACUAUACGCUGGCCAAUACGUCCACUCCUCCUUCUCUGGAUACUUGUUGUACCCCAUGUAAGAACACCAAACUUUAGAGAGGAAGAGACGGUCAAAAAGAGAGAGAAUGUUGGAGAAAUGUAAACAUUGAUUAUAGAAUUCUUUAAAUUGAUAUGUUGUUUUAAAAACAUCAACUAUCUAUUGAGAUUGACGCUGUUGAGAUCGACAGUGAUGGGUUGGACAAUUCGGACCAUCCCCGGGAAAUUCUGAGAGAGGAGUGUUUGUGAGGGUACAUAUAUACCGUUUUUAAUAGCAAUUUAUGUUGGAGAACAAAGAUUUCUGUAUCUAUCUACUGCUCUGAGGACUUGUCACAACAACACCGCAUUAAAAGAUGCCAUUACAGCAACUGGGUUCAUUUAUUGUGAAUUGUGGUCAUAUGUAUUGGUUUGAUUUAAAGUACAGCACAGACUGAUGUGGAGACUGUAGAAGAAAGAGUGGGACAUCUGAGGUAUAUAUUUUGUAUUGUGUUUUCCCAAGCUCCUACAUGUUCCUUUGCAAACUGG